UUAACAGUUUCUUUCUUUAUGUACUGCUGAUUAUGGUCUAGAGAGGACUUCCUGACAUUUGCCCCCUACUGAGUCAACAGAUUUGAUGCUUAUUUCAGAAACCUGCAUGGCUUCUUCAGACACCUGAUACCCUCUAGUGGUGUAAACAUACCAGUUAAGAUGGUGGCUUGAACACUGAAUUUCACCUGUUUCUCCUGCUGUGCCUCCCGGCUUUGAGGCUGGCUAACCUGUUUGACAGCAUGAGUGUCUCUACCUGCGUGGCAGGUUUUUUUCAGCUGUAAUUUUUGACAGUGUGUUGAGAUAUGUGAUCACUUUUGACAGUGUGUUGAGAUAUGUGAUCACUUGCCAGCCAACUCUUUGAUGUGGGGAGGACAAAACAUCUUAAACAUAAAUCAUGGACGUCCACAAUAAAACACUGCAGGAAUGACAGAAGAGAACAUGAACCCAGUCAGAAGUUAAGUCAUCUGACCUUGACUAUUUCCAUUUGAUGCUACUUUAGACUGGAACUCCACCACUUCUCAGCUAGAAAUGUUGUACUUUUGAUUCCACCACUUAUCAGACAUCUGGAGCUGCUUCAGAGAUUAAGAUUUUACAUGAAAAUCAUACUGUGAGUCAACAAAUACUCAGAUCUUUUACUUUCGAAAAAGUACCAAUACCACAUUAAAAUUAAAAGUUUUGCAUUUAUAAAAAAUUAAAGUUAAAAAAAAUAAUAAAAUAGAACACAGUAUAUUUAUCAAUAAUAACGCAAAUACAUAAUAUAGCAGCUUUACAGUAGUGUGUUAAUACACUGUGAAAGGGGCGAGUCUGUAUAAUGAGUAGUUUUUGUACUUAUGGUUCUUAAGUAGAUUUUGCUGAUGAUACUUAUGUAUGUGAAUGCAGGGCUGUACCGGUAACAGUAUUUUUACAGUGUGUCGUUAGUACUUAUGUGUACUUUUUCCACCACUGCCUAAAGACACACCCCCUGACCCUGCCUUCAGGACCAUCGAGGCAAAUAUGGUCGGGUGAACCAGACCAGAAGAGACCCCCGCCCCCCCUCCCCUGACCCACUCCUUACGCAAAUAAACCUUUAUACGUUAUGUGACUGCUUGGAUAGAGUCUGAACAUUAGAACCAGUAAACCAGAAAGUCCCCCAAACAGAAAGGGGUCUUUUGUGGACAUUAUCGACCACCAUGGCUUCCACUCCCUCCGCCUCUGCCUUGUCUGCUGUUCUCCGGUGCCGGGGGAAUCUCUGGACCAGAAAUCCGCAGACCAAGCGGCCUCCCUCCUCGGCGUACAGCCUCGGACUGGCCGGCGGGGCGCUGCGCGACUCGCCGGCUGAGCGCAACCGGGCAAACCAAGCGUCAGUGUGGGAAGCUUUUCUGCGGGGAGAGCGUGUUGUGGUGGGAGGAAGACUGACCGUGGAGUAUAAAUUGUGCCAUGUGGACGGUAAAAUUUUAAGAAAAAAAGAUUUCAGGGAAAUUAAUAACUUAUAUUGUUCAAAGCUUUCGUAUUCCUCAGAGGACGCGCAUUCAGCUGCGCCUGGUGUCCAAAACGCGCUGGUGCGUCAGCAGACUCACAAACUGACGUCUGACCUGCCCGGAAUAGAUAAAUGCUCUACAACGAUCCAAAUGAAUAAAUAUGCAGCACGUGUUUGUAAAAUGGUAUCUCUUAAGGAAGUCACUGAGUUCCCGGCUGGCGUUUUGAAAGUGUCCAUAACGGCCCCAUGCUUUAAGGAAAAUGCAGGACAAUCACCGUCUUUCGUCUUCACGGGCUGGUCAGCGCUGAAGAGCACCUGCUUAUCUUUGACCAGUCUGGUGUCAGAAUUUAUGUUCUUGAGGCUGGCCGUAUUGUGGAGGUCAAGCAGCAGCCUGGCGUGUGGCGAUGCGCCACAGCAUCUGCUGUGCCAACAACACGAGAAAAUCAUCGAAGUCGAUGCCCUGCAGGCAGAUAGACAGAUCCACAGUCCUACUGCCCUCACAUCUUCCAAGGACAACUCCGGCUGUGAACAGAAGCUCACAGAGGACAGACCAGACUGAGACAGAGUCCAAGGCUUCAGCACUGAAACUACACACUGUGAUCUAACCUUAUUUAUUGAUUUUUACUUGGCUUUCACAAUACACAUCAGGACUCUGACCCAGUGAUAAAAGAAAACAGACGGUUGUUUUUAGGGUAUAUCUUUUUACUUUUGCUUUAGUCCUCAAUGAAAAGUAAGUGAUACUAUAAUAAGUCAAUUGUACUUACAACUGUAGCCCUACCUUUUACUUAGGCAGCUCAAAUGAUGGCAGUAAAUUUUAUUUUUGAAUGCACCCUGUAUGUUUAGCACUUAAAAUAUUACAAACCAGAACUAUUCAAAUCAAUUCCAAGUAAAAACUGGAUACUGCAAAUGUGGUGGAAUAAUUGAAUUUUUUUUUUUUUUUGCUUACUCUUUCCUCUUUUGUCUUGAAGGUGCUUGCUUUUUUUUCAUGCAUUGGACUAAAAAUAUAGAGCCUCACAAACAUUCAGUUUCACUAACAUAAUUCCACUUAAGGAUGUAUUAAUGUCAUGUAUGUAAAGUAUUAAUGUCAUGAUUUCUAUCAUUGAAAUACAAAGGUGGAAAAAGUAAUUAAGAUCUUUCACUUAAGUAAAAGUGGCUACAAAUA